AUGGGUCUCUCACUAGGAAACAGGAUCCUCCGAAAGAUCGUAAAAAAUGAGGCCAUGGCACAAGAUCCCCCAGAGAUCUAUGGCUGGCGCGUCUAUCUCCUAGCUUUCUCUGCUUGCUUCGGCGCCAUGUCCUUUGGUUGGGACUCCUCCGUCAUCGGCGGCGUCAUUGAGCUCGACCCCUUCAAGCGCGACUUUGGCUUCAGCAGCGACGAUAAAGCCAAAGCCAACUUAGGUGCCAACAUCGUCUCCACCCUGCAAGCCGGCUGCUUCCUCGGAGCACUCGUCGCCUCGCCCCUAACCGACCGCUAUGGCCGCAAGUGGUGUCUCAUCGCCGUCUCUCUCGUCGUCAUCCUCGGUAUCAUCAUGCAAUCCGCCGCCUCUGGCCAGCUCGCUCCUAUAUAUUUAGGGCGCCUUAUCAGUGGAAUAGGAGUUGGCGCUGCAUCGUGCAUCAACCCGGUCUUCGUCUCGGAAAACGCCCCUCGCUCCAUCCGCGGCUUGCUCACCGGUCUCUACCAGCUCUUCAUCGUCACGGGUGGCAUGAUCGCCUUCUGGAUCAACUACUCGGUCUCGCUGCACUUCAAGGGAAAAGCCAUGUACAUCUUCCCCUUGGCCAUGCAGGGCCUGCCCGCCGUCCUGCUGUGCGUCUGCAUGCUCCUCUGCCACGAGUCCCCACGCUGGCUGGCCCGUCGCGACCGGUGGGAAGAAUGCAAGUCUGUUCUCAGCCGCAUCCGCAACCUCAGCCCGGAACACCCGUACAUCGUCGAGGAGUUCCGCGAGAUCCAGGACCAGCUCGAGCAUGAGCGCCGCCUCCAGGGCGACGCCACCUACUGGGACUUGACGAGGGACAUGUGGACCAUUUCGGGGAACCGCAAGCGCGCGCUGAUUAGUAUCUUCUUGAUGAUCUGCCAGCAGAUGACAGGCACAAACGCCAUCAACACGUACGCGCCGACUAUCUUCAAGAACUUGGGCAUCACGGGCACGUCAACGAGCUUGUUCAGUACCGGUAUCUACGGCAUCGUCAAGGUGACCAGCUGCAUUAUUUUCUUGCUGUUCCUCGCCGACUCACUGGGCCGUAGGAGGUCACUGUUGUGGACGUCGAUCGCCCAGGGUCUGGCGAUGUUUUAUAUCGGAUUUUUCUUCCAAUUUGGCUGGGGUCCCGCCUGCUGGAUCUACGCCUCGGAAAUCCCCGCCGCCCGCCUGCGCUCACUCAACGUCUCUUACGCCGCCGCCACGCAGUGGCUCUUCAACUUCGUCGUCGCUCGCGCCGUACCCACCAUGCUGGUCACCGUGGGAGCCCACGGCUACGGAACCUACCUGAUCUUUGGCAGCUUCUGCUUCAGCAUGUUUGUCUUUGUCUGGUUCUUCGUGCCCGAGACCAAGGGCAUCUCGCUCGAGCAUAUGGAUGAGCUGUUUGGCGUUACUGAUGGCGGACCGGCGGCUGAGAAGGGGUCGGUCGGUCAUGGGGGCGAGUAUGAUGCGGCGUCGGAGAUUGGUAAGGGGGAUCAGAAGUCGAGGCAUGUGGAGGUUUCCGUUUAA